AUGUCUGGCAAUUGGACUUUAGACAAUACGUUGGAUCAGGACGAGUCUGAUAUAUCAAUCAAACCUGAUAUCCCUCAAAUGGAAAUUUUGGGAAACCCAAAACCUAGCUCCCACCGCAAUGCGCCGUCAGGUUCCCUGGAGACCGCACAGCCUCAGUUGACUAACACUGCCAGUUUUUCCACGUUUACUAGCUUUGUCAACCCUCAAAGUUACUUAGAUCCAAUUUUGGAGAACAACAACAUCAAAAUUAGAGAGAAUCAGUUUAGUGGUGGAAAUACAUUAGAUGAGUCGGUGCUUACCACGUUAGGCAGAGACUUCUCUAGUAUUGGAGAUAAGCUACUUUCGAUUCUAUGGCCGCUAAGAUUGCGGCAGAAACUCAUGCUCGUUCGCAGAGUCAGUGAGCAUUUUUCCUCAACAGGAAGUAUGAUGGGGCACACAGAUUCCUUGAAUCAAGACAGCAAUCUCGAAGAAAGCACAACUACGGAAACAUUCAAUGAAUAUUCAAAGGAGACCAUACAAAAAAUACUUGACUGGGAUCUAUGGGGUCCGCUGGUAUUCGUUCUUUCAUUCAGCCUGAUAAUAACUUAUUUGCAGAGUAAAACAUUGAGCUCUGGCGGGGCUAAUUCUUCCGAAACUUCCCAAAUAUUCAGCGCGUCUUUUUCCCUUAUUUGGAUAGUACUCGCUGUGCUUUCGCUCAACAUACAGCUAGUGUCUCCCGUCUCGCAAAUGACUGAUAAUGGCCAACUAACAUCCGGUGUUAUAGGCCUAUCAUUUUUUCAAUGUAUGAGCAUCCUUUCAUAUACACUAUUUCCAAUUGUACUUGGUGGGUUGAGCUCUAUUUUCAUCUCAUGGAAAUUGCUGAGGCUUGUUAUAAAUUCCGUUAUGUUUCUAUGGUCUAUUCUGUGUUCAUGGUUGAUACUCGCCAUUGUCAAUAACUGUCGAAAGAUUGGUACAGCAUCAUUAAUCUAUGGUAUGGCAGGAGAAUCGUCUUUUGAUCAUAAUGAUGGUGAGAAGCGAAUUCUACUCAUGAUCUAUCCGAUUGUAUUAGUCUUUGGUCUUCUAUCCUGGUUAUGUGUUAUUGUGUGA